AUGCUUUCUACUGAGUCAUCCACAACUGGUGAGUCAAUUGGAAUGGCAAACGAGUUGGGUAUUGAAAGUAGGAGUUCGCCAUCAAAUCAAAUCUCGGUUAGCAUGGACGUAGAGGCAACUGACGAAAGAAGCGGAAUCACAAAGUCAAUCGACAGUAAUACGUCCCCAGGACUGAAUGAUGACCUUGUUAGUUUUGGUCAUGACCAUACUGGCUCGCAGUCAUUUACAAGUUGGAGAGCGGCAUAUCAUCAUCAAGGUUCUGCUUCUUCAUUAUCAUCUCUUGCUCAAAAGCAUGAAUCUUCAAUACUGCUAGGCGUGAAUACAUUAUCUGAAACAAGCAUAUCUCCAUUGGGAAAAAACUCGAUUUUCGAGCUUAUCCAAAAUAUAAAUUACAAUAAGCGAGGCACCAGUUCCGGGCAGCUUCUUCUUGGCAGUGUACAAGCUCUGGUGAACCUGAAGGGUCCCACCAACAGGGAUAUACCAAGUACUCAUUUAACAAAAAUUGAAAAGAUUAAGUCCCCUCAGUUGAAGAUGCACUCAGAAUUCAUUGAAAAAGACUAUCUCAAGUUCAAAAAGAAUAAGACGUUGACAGCAUCAACCCUCGAGGCUUUAAUAUGUCGACUAGGUGAAGAGGAAACCAAAACUAAAGAACACACUGUACAUCAGAAGUUCAUAUAUGAUGACUAUGAAAGACAGGAAGCUGACUUAGAUCAGAACUCAUUGUCUCACAUCCCAGAAGUUUAUUUUGACAGUGAAUUCAGACUGGAUGAUCCCAAAGUCUUUUCUAAAAUUCUCAAGAAUAAAACGAUCUUAGAUGAGACAACUGAUUUCGAUUCAGACGGCACUAAGAAACUCAAACUGGAAAGUGACGAACUACAGGAGAAUUUGUCGUCCUAUUUGGACAUCAUUGAAGUUCAGUUGAUUAGGGAAAUUUCUAAAUCUUCUGGCUCCUUCUUUAGCGCUCUUGAUGAUUUAAAGAAUACUACCGCAAAGUCCAAAAAUCUAGUCACUAGGCUUCGAAAAUUGGACGCACGACUUCAAACAGUGGAAGAAUUUCAGGCAAAUAGAGCAAUGGAAAUACUGGAUUUAACACAUAAGCGGAAAAAUGUUGAGAAGUUGGAACAGGCUUUGGUUCAAAUCUUCACCAUUUUGCAUCAAGCAGAUAUGGCUGAGACAUCAUACUAUAAUGCCAAUUACGGCAAGGCGUUAGAACUUGCAGAUUCUGUUUUUGCUUUAAUUCGGGGAAAUAACCCUACACAUCAUCUGGUGGACUCGAUAGCUGAGAAAUGGCCAUUUCAGCUACUUGAUAUGAACAGGAUCUCAGCUUUGACUCCUUUGAAAAAACUACUUGUCAAUUUGAUUGCUGAUACUGGGAAAUCCUAUUCGAAAAUGUUCAAUGACACAUUGAUGAAUGAUCUCCGAAACCACUACGAACAUAUUUCACAAACCGAAACGUUGAGAAGGUUAGAUCAAAAUUUGAGCCGUGGGAAAAACCCAGAUGCGAUCACUAUCAAUUUGGAGUACGAGCAUCUCGAUGAGCACUUUAUUUCUCGAUUGAAGGAGUAUUCAGAUGGUCUUGCAAGAUGUGGCGAGCUAAAGGCUGCUUUCAGUACGUAUCAAGAAAAGUUUCUAUUGGAACUUAAAGGCAUAAUUCGUGCCAAUUUGCCUGCAGAAAAUACAGACAAGUUUACAAAAGGCAGCAUUUCAGGACUUUCGGAUGGCACUAAGAGCACAUCUACACAAAGUAAUGGCUCAGUGGGACUGGCCAGUACGGUGAAAACAAUGACACCUCGCGAAUUUGAAGACCUGUUGUCGAAAACAUACACACAACUCUCAGAAGCCUUACGUCGCUUGACUACUCACAGAAAAGUCCUAUUGGGGAUGGCAUUAGAUGCAUUGGCUGCAUUGGACCCUUCCCUUACGGAAUAUCAACCAGAUAUGGCCUUGGACUUCGACUUGACUAAUGCGAUAGCGGAGUCGAUUGACAUAACGCAAAGACGCAUGGCGAAAAUAAUUAACGUUCGUGAAUCUCAGAAUUCCUCUGUCUCGCUUGAGUAUUUCAUGAGAUUUUUCAGCCUCAAUGCAAUGUUCUUGGUUGAAUGUGAGCUAAUUUCAGGUGGUGCUUCGAGAACGUCAGCGCUGCAGGACGUUAUGACCAACCAACUUAGAAAAUUUAAUAUACAGUUUCACCGGACCACACUGAGAAUAGCAUCUCAACUGAUAGAGAAGGAAACGUGGAAAGAAUGCACCAUUUCCUCUACAACGCAGGUGCUUCUAAAUGAAAUUAUAGGUGCUUCUUCCAGUGAUUUCGACGAUCGCCUUUGGCUAGAGCCGUAUUCAAUUCUUAGUGCCAUAUCUACGUCAGAAACACCACAGAUAAUUUCAAAUGAAAGAAAAACAAUAGUGAUCGAUCGAAAGUCAAUAAUAGUACCUGAGAUUACUUCAGACAUUCUCAAAAUGAUAAAAGAAUACCUGCUAGUCAAGAUGAAGUUUGGUGCAUCCAACGAUAAUUACAUUAUUGAGUUUUUGAGACUUGUCAAUUCGAAAUGCCACCAGGCUGUUUUAGGGGCCCAAGCUACACGUACAGCAGGGCUAAAGCACAUUACUCCCAAAUACCUCGCCGUUGCAUCCCAGUUUGUGGGAUUUAUGUUUUCUUUAACACCGUAUCUUCAACAAUUUUUCAAUAAGUAUCCAAGGACCGACGCCCAUAUCAAAGAAGAAUUUCAGAAGGUAGCAGAAAUUUUUCAUGAUCAUCAAGAAGAGAUAUUUGACAAGCUAAUAACACUGAUGACGGAUAGGAUCAACGUUCAUGCAAUUGAAAUGAAAUCAAUCAAUUGGUCCAAACUUCUUCAACAUCAACAUGUGCAUCAAUAUAUGGAGACCAUAGUUAAGGAGACAUUAACAAUUGCAAGGGUUCUCCAAAGGUAUCUGCCUGAGGAGCAAUACGUCCGUGUUCUAUCCAGCAUUUUCAGAGGAUACGAACACUCCCUUAUUGACAUUUACACAAGAAUAGGGUUCAAAGAUUCUGUUGAAAAGGCAGUAGUAAUGCGAGACAUUGAUUAUUUUAGAGAUAGACUGAGUGAGGUCACAGGAUACGAGAAUUCAGGACAGCGAAUCUGGGAAUGCGUCAACAUGUUGUCGACCGAAGAAGAUUUUCGUAUGGAGGCUGUGAUGCGAAACAAUCUCAUCGAAGAGAAAGCCUCUGAAAAGCAAAGGUUGCAGAAUCAAGACGACGAUUGCACUUCACAAAACGAGAAUCCUUCUUGA